ACUUGCCCGCUGGUAGAGCUCCCCCGGCCCCGUGGAUGACAAAAGGUGGCGAAAGUAAUUACCUGCACCGGGUUCUGAUGUUGAAUGGUGCACCUGGAAUAAUUAGAGGACCAGCGGAUAUCAUAACCCUUCUCGUCGUUCACGUUGAGAUGAUUAUACCGGUGGAAUUAUGUUUCAAACAUUUCAGGUUUGUUUAGGGUGCACUCCGCUCGAGACAAUGAUGUCAUAGCGUGGACUCUUCAAGGAUUGACAAGCAAAAUUCAAGCGUUUCACUAUACCGGUAGGUGAACCUAGUUAAUUUUUGUUGAUCAAUUUUAUCAAUUAUCGUGGCUAGUUUUAGAAAAAAAAAAAAAAAAAAAAAAAACAACAAAAAACUAGUCAAAAGCAAAUUCAAGGGAAAUUUAAAAAAUUUUUUUUUCUAACGCAAAUCGUAUCCAAAACCUGCAGCUUAUUUUAAAGCUUGCGGUGUAAAUUUAGGUUAUAUAUUCAAGACUACAAGGCAAGUGCAGGUUCGAUUUUUUUAAGUCAUACAAUUUAAAUGUCGGUUAGACUUUUAAGGCUUACAAUGUAAAAGUGGGUUUGACAUAUUGACGCUUACGUUGAAAAAAAUGUAAGUUGGACUUUUAAGCCUUAAACUGUACUCGAAUAAAUUACCCCAGGCAAACGCAGUUUUAAAAGGAUUUUCAGAUGUAUGUUAUUGUUAUUUUUUUAAAUGUCAUGUACAUACUUUACAAUAGAUGUUUUGUUAUUUCACUUUUUUUUUUUUAAAGAAUAUAAAAUUCUUAGCCAAACUAUAAUAAUCUAAAAGAGUUGUGCGCCCUAAUUUAAAGCUGGUGGGCGCCAUGAAAUGUAAAUUAAGAGUUGAUUGUGCCCUGAAAAGUUACAGCUUGGACAAAUGUUGCGUUAAUCCAGUGAACAUUUCUGUCGUUAUUUCCUUUUUAAAUAUUCUGACCUCAGUGGCGAGUUAAGGUGGUCACUUGGAAUUUUGAUUCAGCGAAACGUCACCAGGUGUGUGAAUGUGUGAGCUGUGUGUGUCUUUGUGCACGUGCGCUUGUGUGCGCAUGUGUUUAAGUGUAUGUGUACGUGUAUGCAUCCGUGCGCUUGUGUAUGCGUGUGUUCGCGCGUGUUUAAAGAGUGUGAGCGGCGAGCGUGUACGUGUGUGCGUGUUUGUCUAUGUGCGUACGUAAGUGUAUGUGUGCAUAGAUGUCUUAAGUAGUGUCGAGGUGGAAGUAAGGUAAGAAUAGAACGGGGGAGGGGGGGUUACCCCCCCCCCCCCCCGCUCCCCAACCACCUUACUAUCAGCUGUCACAUCAUUACCCUUCUUAGUCCACUUGUACCGCUAAGUGAGUGAAGGUAUGUGCGCGUGUGUGUCUGGAGGUGUGUUCGUGUGUAGCUUUUUUUUAUUUGUUUAGGUGUGUGAAGGUGUGUGUCACCGACACUGCAAAAUUAUAAUGCUACAAAAUGUUAUUGUUUUAACAUAGUUGAAAUGAACGUAAAGUAACGCUUCAAUUUAUUUUGCCUUUGAUUUUAUUUCUAAAAGGAAAAUAAAAAUAUUCUUUAAAAGACAAAAUUUGGGCCAAAUGAAAUAACCGUUAAAGCUAGAUCAUCGUCGAAUAUCAUUAUUGAGAAGAAAUCUCUUUCACGGACUAAUCAGCGGUUCUCAACCUGUGGGUCAUGACCCUUUAGGGUGGAAUGGUCCUUACACAGGGGUCACGCUAAGUCCAUCGAUAAACACAUAUUUAUGAAUUAGCAACGCAAGUAAUUUUAUAGCUAGGAGUCACCACAACAUGAGGUACUGUAUUCAAAGGGUCGCGGCAUUAUGAAGGUUGAGAGUCACCGGACUAAAUAGAAAGAAAUCCCCCCCCCCAACCCUUAAAUGUCAUGGCUUCGUUACAUUCCUAUUGAAUAUCAUUUGGUUACAAAAUAGUCAUGUCGAAAGAAUCAUGGUUUUAUGAAACAAAACAAAAAAUUGCUUGCGUUAGCACUAGAUAUUUCAAUAGGGGCUCAUUAUGAAGUGGUAUGCCAACGAUCACAGGCAAGGUAUGGAAAUAAAAAAAAAAAACAUUUUACAGCUGAGACGCUGAUAUUAAAUUCUGAAAGUCAUUGUACAAGAUGUACUGACCUUUGAUUGUGUAAUUUUUAUUUGUAGCUAGCGUUGAAUGUAACAGAACCAGUUGUGCUUACACCUGAUUAGCUGACACGUUCAUGUAAUUAGAAACGUAUCACUAAUGAGUUGCUCUAUGUGUAUGAGUUGCUCUAUGUGUAUGAGUUGCUCUAUGUGUAUGAGUUGCUCUAUGCGUAUGAGUUGCUUGCGACGGCCGAUCAUCACGUGAAACUGUAUGCAGAUUUCUUUACGGAGUUCAAAGUAUUUGAUCAUCAUUAAAAGAUCCAGAAAUUGUAUGUCACGAUGACUCAAACAUAUGUUGUGAAAUGUUGAUGUGAUACUCACUGAUGACCCGGUACUCACUGAUGACCCGGUACUCACUGAUGACCCGGUACUCACUGAUGACCCGGUACUCACUGAUGACCCGGUACUCACUGAUGACCCGGUACUCACUGAUGACCCGGUUGGUUCUCACUGAUGACUCGGUACUCACUGAUGACUCGGUACUCAAUGAUGACUCGGUACUCACUGAUGACCCGGUACUCAAUGAUGACCCGGUACUUACUGAUGACCCGGUACUUACUGAUGACCCGGUACUCACUGAUGACCCGGUACUCACUGAUGACCCGGUACUCACUGAUGAUCCGGUACUCACUGUUGACAUGGUACUCACUGUUGACCCGGUACUCACUGAUGACCCGGUACUCAAUGAUGACCCGGUACUUACUGAUGACCCGGUACUCACUGAUGACCCGGUACUCACUGAUGACCCGGUACUCACUGAUGACCCGGUACUCAAUGAUGACCCAGUACUCACUGAUGACCUGGUACUCACUGAUGACCCGGUACUCAAUGAUGACCCGGUACUCACUGAUGACCCGGUACUCACUGAUGACCCGGUACUCAAUGAUGACCCGGUACUCAAUGAUGACCCGGUAGUCACUGAUGACCCGGUACUCACUGAUGACCCGGUACUCAAUGAUGACCCGGUACUCAAUGAUGACCCGGUACUCACUGAUGACCCGGUACUCACUGAUGACCCGGUACUCACUGAUGACCCGGUACUCAAUGAUGACCCGGUACUCACUGAUGACCCGGUCAACGGCUACGGUUAUAAUGUAUCAGCGCUGGAUUUAAAGGCCGUUGGCUUUCUCAAAAAUGUUUAAUUUAACUUUAAAUUUGUGCAGAGUAAAUGAAGGUAAACUAAAUGCACAAGUUUUUACUUUUCAGAAAUGAUGUCAGUGGAAUAGAAAUGUGUCCAGGUAAUUGACCAGGCUAUAAGAUAAAAAACAAAAUUUGAUGUGGGGGGGGGGAGGGGAGGGAUGGUCUGUCUUCCAAUGAACGGAGACAGUUGAUCUCAGGGUUACUUAAGACUCUAAUAAAAGAAGUCUCAUAACCACUUAUACCAGCUUAGGUUGCCAUAAAAUAUGUGCGAACCAACCUAGUCUCACAACCACUUAUACCAGCUUAGGCUGCCGUAAAACCUGUCCGAACCAGGCUAGUCUCAUAAAUACUUUCAUCAGCUUAUAAUGCCAUAAAACAUGUCCGAACGAGGCUAGUCUAACAACCCCUUCCAGCAUUCCAUCAGCUUACGUAGACACGAAACCUGUCCCAGAGAUAUUCGUCCACUUUUUACCCACGACCCGGGGAAUCAAUACUUGCAUCAAUCCAUCUCACAGUGGGAUAUGAUCAGGUGUAAGGAAAGGUGAAUAGAGCUGGCAGGAGGGGAGUUUCUGUUUCAACAACAUUUUCUGUCGAGACUUAAGCUUACUAAUGUCCGUGCUUUUUUUCUUUGUUCGUUUGGAGAAUUUCAUGGGAGAACUGAUCAAGAUCGCAUAAAUAAAAGUUCACCUAUCGUGACAAAUAUCUCACUACGUUAUAAGUUGAACUAUCGUGACUAUGUUACUGUGUUAAAAGUUGAACUAUCGUGACAAAUGUGUCACUACGUUAUAAGUUGACCUAUCGUGACUUAUAUGUUACAACGCUUACAGCACUAACUAACGGGUAACGACAGUUGAGAGAACCUAUCGUGUCCGUUGAAACUGUGCAAGUCUGAAAUUUGAGAGAAGAAGCGUUGCAGAGGAGAACGUUGAAUGCUGGAUGAUGAAGUUUGCGAUUCCAUUGACCUUUAAGUGAUCCCAAGUUGAGCACAAAACUAAAUAGCGCUAAUUUUUAAAUAAUUAUGUAUCUAUAUAUGUAUUACCGGUAUGCACAUAGCUUUGGGUGGGGUAGAACCAUGGGCGCCCGCAGAAAACUUUCUGGGUGGGGGGCAAAAAAAAUCGAUUAACUUUCCAGGGGGGGGGCAAAAUUUUUUUAGUAAUGUUUUAAUAUAGUUUUAAUUUACUGUAGCGUAUUUGUAUGGUGAACGAACGGACAGGACAUCAGCUUAGUUACUUUAUCUUUAUUUUCUCUUUACUUUAAUAAAUUUUUUGUCUAUUUUUGUCUAAAAUUUGUUUAUCCAAUCAAUCCAGGGGGGAAGGGGCAAUUGCCCCCCUUGCCCCUACCUGCGGGCGCCCCUGGGUAUAACAUAUGAUUUCUAUCCUCACGGGAUAUUGGUAGAUAUGACGUAAUUUGGGGGUGGGGCGAUCUCUUUCAUGGUAUGGGCCACGCAAUGUCCGUGACGUAAAACUGUUUAAAAAAAUAUUUCUUUUACACAUUCACACAGCAAUUUAAAAAAAAAAUAUAUAUUUCCUUACGCAUUAAACUAAUAUUUUUCUGCAAAUAAUAAGUUGAUAAUAACCCACGUCUCAACAAUCUGUUAUGCAUCAUUUUGAAUAUCCAGUUUUUAAGGUUGUGUCAUUCUUACCUCAGCAUUUCCCCUUCUUUGUCUGGAGUUGUUUACAAUAUGGGCUAGUUAUCAUUUCGAUCUAAAUGUCUAGCUGCUGUGUAGUUUGUUGUUUGUUUUUUUUAACUUAAAUCCCGUAGUUUUUAAUGCUAUUGAAAUCACUCCUCACCAAAAAAAUAAAAAAAUAAGGUCACCCACAUCACGCCGUUAGGAAUGUCUGUAUGAACAGUAACAGAUGGAGUGUGAAAAAUGGGUUGUGUUACAGAUAAAAGCGUUUGGAUAUGAUGUUACGCUUUAAGUGUAGGCUGUGGGGGGAGAUGAAAUCAAUGUUGGAUGUUACAGUGAAGAAGGUAAAUGUUGCCGAUAAAAAAACUGCACCGAUUAUGAAUGUAAAUGAUGUGUAACUUUUAUUCUAGGAUAUAUUUAAAUGAGCGAACUAAGCAAUUUCGUUUUGAAUUCAUCAUUUUUUAAAUAUUUUUUUUUUUUUACAAAUUGAUCACCACCUGAAAUAAUGAUAUAUUUGACAGCGAUCAUGCUGACCAAGCACAUAUUCUACUCACUAUGUGGAAUUACAGACAUAAAUUCUAUGUGUAAACAACUAGAGUGAAAAUUUAUUUCAUUCUAUUUUACAAAACUACACUUUAUGUGUAUACACAUCUUUUGGGUUUUAAAUCCGUGAAUGCGUGGAGAAGAUUCUGACGAUAUUCGUGCCUCUAUGAAAUCAGAUUAUCGGGUGUUUAUUUUAAACAUAUUUAUGAAAUGUAUAACUUGUAUUGUUUAACAAAAUAAAACACAUACGUAAGGGCUUAACUAACACGGGAUUUGGUGCGUCACGUAGCAUAUGAGUCGAUGCAUGUGGUUGGGUAGAUAACGUAACACUUAUAUUUGGAGCAUAACAUUAAGUGGCAUAUAAUAAAACAUAGAUGGCAGGUUCUGAAAAUGGUAAUGCUAUAACCAGUGGGAAUUAGGGAAAGUAAGGUAAGUCGUGCCAAAACAAGGGCGUCAGUAAAUCACUGGCUGGUGAGUGUCGUAUGUGUCAUGUGUGUCUUGUGUGUCGUAUGGCAUAUGAUGUAAAUAACCGCCUGAAUAUGAUUGUGUUGAGCAGCAAGGAGGGGAAAACCAGAAACACCAAAUAAAAAACCCUACAUACUUCAUGCCUCGCUAUCAAAUAGAAGUGUCUCAUUACAAAUUUAAAAGUCUACCUCGUGUGUCGUUCUUUUACCACCAACAUUGAAUAGGUCUAUUUGCUGAAUAAGAAAAAAAAUAUCAAAAUGGUAAUGAAGGGGAGAGAGUGCAUUCAGGUUAGAAAAAACGAAAUGAGUAUCUACAUUUCAGCUAAGUGUUAUUUUUUUUAUAUUUAACUCUGUUUUUACGGUUUGUUUGUUCGCUGAUGAAGGCUUCGUAUCGAAACGUUCGUUAUUUUGCUGCGUCCUUCCCACCCCACCCCACCCCACCCCCCAGGUUUUCCCAUACUUUGUUUCGCUCAUUUCCUUAAAAAAAAUAAAAAUAUUACGAUAGAAAAUAAUCAGGUAGAAACCCUGUUCUCGAAAACAUCAUAAAAAAAUGGUUUUGUUUCUAUUACGUUGUUAAGUCCUGUCAUUCGGAUAAAUUAACAAGUAAAAAAAACUAUCAUCGAAUUCACCUGUUGUUGUUUUUAAACUUGAUGGGAACCAAGUCGACGACAUGUUUUGCAGCUGUAACGCAAAGGACCGUUCAAUUGUGAUGGGUUCCUGUACGCACAUUACCGGGAAGACCCAAAAGCUCUCCCAACAGGGUCUCCCAGAUGUUUGCGUAAACAUGUUUUUCCAAGUUUCAAGAGCUCAAUGCCAGAACAUCUCGUUUUCAUGCAGAACAUUUAUUGCUAACUUGGUCAAAUAUCACAGAAGACUAUUAGGAUUCAAAGAGGGUAAAAGCAUCUUUAUUUCUUAAAGGCCCUUCAAAUAAAUGGAAUUAGGACUAAUUUUUUAAAGUUUCUAGCUUAUUUUCUUCAUGAAAAGUUAGAAAAAUAAUAUCCCCACCGAUAUCAUUUUACCAAAAGCCCAGUUACUUAUUAAAAUUUAUGUAAGAAAACAAAUGAUGCAGCCUCAAUACAAGUAUCUUUUUUUAAGAAUGGCUGGAAAUAGUCUAGCUGCAAGGAAGGAAGCAACAGGUGAUUGGGACGAACAUAAGGAUGUUUUGGAGAGGAAAAGAAUUCGGCAACGAAAACAAUGACAUUAGGUGGGAAGUAAACAUGGCUGAUGAUGAUGAUGCUUAGAUCAUCAUAUUUUGGAGGGACUGUGCUGGAGACGGGACUUUAUCAACACCGACAGUAAAUCUUGAUCUCACAUCCAUCCAAGCAAAAAUUAUUUUGUCUUACAAUGCUUGUGAACACGUUUCAAACCCAUAGGUUGCCAUGGCCCAUUCCAGGCAGUGUCGCAGUUGUAUGCGUCAUUAUACCUCAUGUAUAGUCUUGCUUCUAACAUGUUCGUUUAUUUAUGCCAAUAGUAUUUGAAAUUUGAAAAUUAAAAUCCUUUGAAAAUUUUCCCUUCUACUUUACAACAACUUAAGUGUCACUUUGUGCACUGUAAUUACAGACGUUAGCCAAAGUGGCGCCUACUACAGAUCUGGAAGUGUUCAAAAUUAAUUUUUAGAAUUUGUUUUAAAAGUAAAACUGAUUCUUGGCACUGUUUAUCACAGAGCUGACUGGUCUCACUGACAUCAGCUGCACUUAUGAAACUGAGAUUUGUAUACAGAACCUUGCGUAGUUUUGGGCACUUCUUAAUAGUUGGACAGUUCUUAAUCGUUGGACAGUUCUUAAUAGUUGGACAGUUCUUCAUCGCUGGAAUGUUCUUUAUCGUUGGACCCUUCUUAAUCGUUGGGCUUUUCUUAAUCGCUUGACAGUUCUUAAUCGUGGGAAAGUUCUGUAAACAUAAUCCAGAGUUAGCAUACGUCAUACUGUCUUUUCAACAGCUGAUCGGAAACUGUCUGCUACAUCUUACCACAAUUCCAAUGGUUAUUGUGAGUGUAGGUGAUAACAUUGUCAGUUAGUCAGUGUACACAUGCCGUGACGAGUUGGUCAGUGUACUCAUUGGGUGACCAGUUGGCCAGUGUACUCAUGCGGUGACCAGUUGGCCAGUGUACUCAUGCGGUGAUCAGUUGGCCAUUGUACACAUUGGGUACCAGUUGGCCAGUGUACUCAUGCGGUGACCGGUUGGCCAGUGUACUCAUGCAGUGACCAGUUGGCCAGUGUACUCAUGCGGUGAUCAGUUGGCCAUUGUACACAUUGGGUACCAGUUGGCCAGUAUACUCAUGCGGUGACUGGUUGGCCAGUGUACUCAUGCAGUCACCAGCUGGCCAGUGUACUCAUGCUGUGACCAGCUGGCCAGUGUACACAUGGGGUAUCAGUUGGCCAGUGUACUCAUGCGGUGACCGGUUGGCCAGUAUACUCAUGAAGUGACCAGUUGGCCAGUGUACUCAUGCGGUGACCGGUAGGCCAGUGUACUCAUGCAGUGACCAGCUGGCCAGUGUAAUCAUGCGGUGAUCAGUUGGCCAUUGUACACAUUGGGUACCAGUUGGCCAGUAUACUCAUGCAGUGACUGGUUGGCCAGUGUACUCAUGCAGUCACCAGCUGGCCAGUGUACUCAUGCUGUGACCAGCUGGCCAGUGUACACAUGGGGUAUCAGUAGGCCAGUGUACUCAUGCGGUGACCAGUUGGCCAGUGUACUCAUGCGGUGAUCAGUUGGCCAUUGUACUCAUGCAGUGACCAGCUGGUCAGUGUACACAUGGGGUAACCAGUUGGUCAGUGUACUUAUUGGGUGACUAGUUGGCCAGUGUACACAUCGGGUGACAGUUGGUCAGUGUACACAUGGGAUGACCAGUUGCUCAGUGUACUCAUGGGAUGAACAGCUGGUCAUUGUACUCAUGAAGUGACCAGUUGGUCAGUGUAUUUAUGAAGUGACCAUUUUGUUGCUGUUCUCAUGCGGUGACCAGUUGUUAAGUGUACUCAUGGGAUGACCAGUUGGUCAGUGUAUUCAUGGAGUGACCAGUUUGCCAGUGUACACUUGCCUUGAACAGUUGGUCAGUGUACACAUGGAAUGACCAGUUGGUCAGUGUAUUUAUGCGGUGACCAGUUGGCAGUGUACACAUGGGAUGAAAAGUUGGUCAAUGUACACAAGGGAUGACCAGUUGAUGAGUGUACUCCUGCGAUGACCAGUUGGUCUGUGUACUCAUACGGUGGCUAGUUGGUAAGUGUACACAUGCGGUGACCAAUUGGUCAGUGUACUCAUGGGGUGACCAGUAGGUAAGUUUACACAUGGGUUGACCGGUUGCUCAGUGUACUCAUAGGGGUGAACAGCUGGUCAUUAUACUCAUGGGAUGACCAGUUGGUCAGUGUAUUCAUGGAGUGACCAGUUUGCCAGUGUACACUUGCCUUGAACAGUUGGUCAGUGUACACAUGGAAUGACCAGUUGGUCAGUGUAUUUAUGCGGUGACCAGUUGGCAGUGUACACAUGGGAUGAAAAGUUGGUCAAUGUACACAAGGGAUGACCAGUUGAUGAGUGUACUCCUGCGAUGACCAGUUGGUCUGUGUACUCAUACGGUGGCUAGUUGGUAAGUGUACACAUGCGGUGACCAAUUGGUCAGUGUACUCAUGGGGUGACCAGUAGGUAAGUUUACACAUGGGUUGACCGGUUGCUCAGUGUACUCAUAGGGGUGAACAGCUGGUCAUUAUACUCAUGGAGUGACCAGUUGGUCAGUGUAUUUAUAAGGUUACCAUUUUGACUGUUUACUCAUGCAUUGACCAGUUGUUAAGUGUACUCAUGAGGUGAGCUGUUUUUAGUGCACGCAUGGGUUGACCAGUUGUUCAGUGUACUCAUGCGACGAUCAGUGGGCCAGUGUACUCAUGCGGUGAUCAGUUGGCCAGUGUAUUCAUGCGCUAUAUUUUCCUUUUUACAUUUUAUCUACCUAAUCUCUUGGUGAGUUUUGAUGUCUUAAGAUUUAAAAAAAAGUCAUUUCAGCCAUCUAAACAAGUUAAAGUUCUUAAGUUAUAAACUAACUAUAACUAAAGCGAUGUAAGCCUGAAUUCAUCGAAUGGUUUGUAAACUUACCUUUAAAUAAAGCUAGAGUUUCUUCAGAGGCUCCUUGCUGCGCCCCUCUUAACUUUCUGCACCACGAGCAACUUGCUCGUCUCAGAGGAGCUCUGCUUGAUUCAAAUCUCAUGAGUCUGUGGCCAGUGAUUUCCCAUGCGGCCCCAAGGAAAAAAUUGUUUUUUGAACUUCAAUGUACGUUCUCUAAAAAAAAAAAUGUUCUUUUUUAAAAUGAUUUAUGCAUAAAUGUGAUGAAGAUUAUUGUAAUUUGUAAACUGCUGUAUGCAUACUUUAUUUUCUUCAUUCGUUAGAUGCAAAUCUUGAGCCCACACAAUGAAAUUAUUAUUUUUACAAGUGGUUCAUAAAACAGAUCUUAACAACCCGUGUUCACCGCACCCACGCAAAAAAAAAAAAAAAAUAGUUUCCUUAGCUCUCUAGUUUUAGUUGCCUUAAAAAAAAAAAUUCCGCUACGAGACGGAAGCACCGUGAUGGCUACUUUUAAAGAAUGCUGUUGUCUUUAUUUGUUCUGCUUUUGUCUCACUGGCAAAGUCACAAUAAUGGAGUCUAUAUUUGUCUUGUCUUGGGGAUUAUCUGAAGAAAUUCUUUCAAAAAUUCAUAGCCUGUGAGUGGCAUUAAAGUUUAGAUAAGCCCCCAUGCUGUACAGUCUUAAGUUAUUGGUCUGACUCGACUAAAUUCGUAUCUGAACACCUAAAAUUAUUCUUAGAUCUCGAUCAGUGCUCUAUUGAAAUGCAAUAAAUGUCCCAUCUCUAUAAGGCUUCUAGUAACAUCAAGGAAAUGUCCCAUGUCUAUAAGGCUUCUACUAAUAUCUAAGUAUGUUCCAUCUCUAUAAGGCUUCAACUAACAUCUAGGUAAUGUCACAUCUCUAUAAGGCUUCUACUAACAUCUAGUUAUGUCCCAUCUCUAUAAGGCUUCAACUAACACCUAGGUAUGUCCCAUCUCUAUAAGGCCUCUAAUAACAUCUAGGUAAUGUCCCAUCUCUAUAAGGACUCUACUAACAUCUAGGUAAUGUCCCAUCUCUAUAAGGCCUCUACUAACAUCUAGGUAUGUCCCAUCUCUAUAAAGCCUCUACUAACAUCUAGGUAAUGUCCGAUCUCUAUAAGGCUUCUACUAACAUCUAGAUAAUGUCCCAUCUCUAUAAGGCUUCAACUAACAUCUAUGUAAUGUCCCAUCUCUAUAAGGCUUCAAUUAGCAUCUAUGUAUGUCCCAUCUAAAUCUGUUGAGCCUUUAGACACGCGGUUCAUUCCACGCGCCAGUGUUUUUUGCACUGAUUUAUCCUAUUUUAAAUAUCUUUAAAUAAACAAUUUAGUGCCAGUAAUCUCUGCCUGUGACUGAGAUUGAGGGAUGUUGAUAUUUUACCGCACUAUAAGACACAGGAAAUUAAGUUGUAAUAGCUAAGCAAAGUUGCAUUUUCAUCUUUUUUUAAUGAAUUAUACAAUUUAAUAAUCGUGCGCGGCUUCCAAUAUCACGGAAGCCAAUAUCACGGAGCCAAUAUCACGGUCAGCCAAUAUGACGGACAGCCAAUAUGACGGACAGCCAAUAUGACGGACAGCCAAUAUGACGGACAGCCACUAUCACGGACAGCCAAUAUCACGGACAGCCAAUAUGACGGACAGCCACUAUCACGGACAGCCAAUAUCAUGGACAAUCUAUAUUAAAGACAACCAAUAUCACACACAACCAAUAUCCUAUAGAUUUAAAAGAUUAAAUCAAUCAUUUUUAAAAACCUACUACCAUUGAAACUGGGUCAAGAUCAUACAUCUUUUGGAACAAGGAACGUAUGCGCCAUUUCAAAAAUACAAACUUCGUUAGGAUUCAACUGUCAAUUUUAUUAUCAUUUUCUUUUUCACAUUUUCUUGGAACACUUAUUAUUUUUUCCAAGCAAAUGAAAUUAAAAAGUCCUUGUCUCUGGAAGGGAAUAUUAAUAUUGAAAAUGGUUGGCAUGAUCAUACGUACAAGAUACAAUUUUCCGUGAAUAUUAAAACAGCAAAUCUUACUGCUCGUGGGUUUUUGUUUUUGUUUAACACAAAGGGACACAAAAUCAUACCCUACUGAGGCAAAAGAAGAGUGAUAAAGUGUUCAGAAAAGAAAUCUCCUUGUAAUCUCUUUCUUAACCAUAUAAUUGUAUGACAAUAAGGAUAAAAUAUUCAGAUCUGAUUUUAUAAAUUUGUUUAGCGCUAGUCGUCUACACUCACAUGUCCCCCUUCAUACUGUCCCCCUUCAUACUGUCCCCCUUCAUACUGUCCCCCUUCAUACUGUCCCCCUUCAAACUGUCCCCCUUCAUACUGUCCCCGCUAAUUUACGCCCCCAAUUUUUGUCAGUGUCAUGCAUUUACACAUUUUACAAUUUUUCCAUACUUUUCAGAUGCACGAUUGAUUCCAGCGCCAUGAAUAAUCAAACAGUUUACGAUGUUACCACGGAAACACAUCCUGGGCUCUCACCACCAAAUGUCACAUUUAUUUGGAACACAUCCUCAGAACAAGUCGUCUCUUUCACCACAGUGCCACCGUUGGACAACAGCGCCACCUGGCAGUCCACCGGCGCAGACAGCCUGCCCGACCUGCCCUUUGGCAAUCACAGCCAAGUGUCCAUCAUGCCGAACACCUUCGGACUUGCCGCCUCACUGCCUAGCAUCAUUUGUCUCGCGUGUCUUUUCUUCACCAUCGUCGUCGUCGGAAUCAUCGGGAACUGUCUGGUCAUAGUCGUCAUCCUGACCGACCUGAAGAUGCGUCAGUCGGUGACCAACCUGCUCAUCAUCAACCUGGCCUUGGCGGACCUCAUCAUUAUGAUUUUCGGAGUACCUGAGAUCGCCAUGUUCAUGAUGAACCGUGGAUGGAUGCUGGGAUCUUUGGCCUGCCGUAUAAACAGGUUCAUCCUAGUUGUGGCCCUUUACUCUUCAGUUAUUUCUCUUGUUGUGUUGUGUAUAGAAAGGUAAGUGUCAGUUUGUUACGGCGGGGAAACAGGGGUGUGAGGGAGGGGGGGGGGGAUAAAAAAAAGAAAAAUUUUACUCUUCAGUUAUUUCUCUUGUUGUGUUGUGUAUAGAAAGGUAAGUGUCAGUUUGUUACGGCGGGGAAACAGGGGUGUGAGGGAGGGGGGGGGGAUACAAAUAAGAAAAAUCUGAAUAUGUUACUGAAUCUGACAUGCAUCAAAUAUACAUUUCUCCAGACAGCCAUACCCUACUCCAGUGUUUCCCAAAGUGUGGUACGCGUACCCCUGGGCAAUGUUUACCUUUAAGCUGCGGGGCUGCGCGGCCGCGCAACUAUCUCACAGACGCCGCGCAGCAGUUUUGAGUAUCCGCGCAGAAAAUUUCUAUGCAAGUGUGUAUUCUUAUUUGUGGGCUGUAAAAUGUUGCACACAAAAAAAUCGAUGAUGUAAAACUUUGCACACAACUGUAUGAUUUUGCACACGAACCUGCAAAACUUAGAGGGAACAUUGCCCCUGGGGAUACGGGAAGAGUUUGGUCCGGGCUGCAAACGAAAAAAAAUGUUAUUAAUGUAUAUAUAAUUUUAAUUUUAACAAGGGAGUUACUGGGUGUUACGCAAAUUAUUGACAGGGGUACAUGGAUCUCGAACAAUUGGGAAACACUGUGAGAUAAUAGAAUUUGAGCAGAAUACGUUCAAUUCCUUCUACGACUCUCAAUCUUUUAUAACGACAGUGGCAAGUAAUGACGUCUUUCAAACCAUACAUGUAUGAUACAGAAGCAUCUAGAAAACAGUUUUAAUAGAUUUAUAACACGUGACAAUUCUGCUCUUGGUCUGAAACUAAACUUCUCAUUGGCUUACUCGACCAAAGACCUCAUGAGGGUACCCGAGCAACGACCUCAUGAGGGUACUCUAGCGAAGACCUCAUGAGGGUACUCUAGCAAAGACCUCAUGAGGGUACUCUAGCAAAGACCUCAUGAGGGUACUCGAGGAAGUCCAGAGAGCUUCUCAUAUUCAUAUUUUUUACGUUAACUUUUAUGUUUCCUUUCAAGAAACCUGAAUUUAUUUUUUUUUUAGUUUGUUAAGAAAACAAAUAUGUUUUCAUCAUCCACGACAAACGAUGGAAUCAGAAGAGUGUUGCAAUAAAAAAAUCUAGACACAUUCCUUUCAUUGACAAUGCUUUUUUCUCUCUAUUAAACCUGCCAAAACCGUACCUGUUAGUCUUUAGCCAUAUGUACUUCAUAUUUCCCCACUCCUCUUUAAUUUAGAUUAAAUUAUCUCAAAUGUGUGCACAUUUUUGCAAUUAAAAAAAUGUAAAAAUUAUAUGGCGUAAAAAAGUUUGAUUGGUUGUUGAGCAUGCUCUGAAUUUUCUGACAUCUGCAUUUCAUUUUUUUUCCAUUCAUUUUUUAUGUGAAUUUCCCAAUUCCAUUAUCUCGUUUUGGAAUGUUCGAGGCCGAAUUAAGCGAUUCUCAGUUUUUUCUAAUGAAGACCAAUGACAGUCAAAGUAGAUUUGUGGUGGCUCUUACUACCUCUAAACGUGGCCCAGUGUCUGUGAUGUUUACUACCUCUCAACCUGGUUCCUAUCUGUGGUGGCUCUUACUGCCCUUCAACCUGACCCACUAUGUGUGGUUUUUACUAACUCUCACACUUGCCCUCUAUCUGUGGUGUUUACUAACUCUCAACCUGGCGUAUUGUCGGUGGUGCUUACUAUUCAUCAACCUGGCCCACUACAUGUGGUGUUUACUAACUCUCAACCUGGCCCUCUAUAUGUGGUGCUAACUAACUCUCAACCUGGCCUACUGUCGGUGGUGCUUACUAUUCCUCAACCUGGCCCACUACAUUUGGUGCUUACUACCUCUCAAACUUGCCCUCUAUCUGUGGUGCUUACUAACUCUAAAUCUGGCACACGAUCGUUGGCGUUUACUAACUAUUUUUCAACCCUGCCACAAACGGUGCUGCUGACUUCCACUCAACCUGGCCACAAACCGUGCUUCUGACUGUGGUGAUCUGACUUAAUAUUUAUUAGUGAGGGGUAUCUCUCGUAUGAGAUCUCCUCUUGGCACUCUUUCUAGGGAUUAGUUAUUUAUAAACAAAUAACCAUGAAGAUAUAAUAACCUAUCUAUAUACAUAUAGUAUAGACUGAAACGAAGUCUUUGUUAAGGAGAAAACAAAUACAAGUAUUUAUUGAAUAAUAAUAUGUACAAAUUCCUCCGUAAUACACUCUUGGUGAUUAAUAUAUACACAUCUAAUGGAUUUCAUCCAAUCAGAAAAGUAUAUCAAUGCUAAAACAAUUGUCCCUAACAUGCUGACGGUAUCAUCAUUAUAAAUGCUAUACUGCUCAAGGUUCUAUGUUCAAUCUUUGUGGACUUAGCUUUUAUAGUUCCACUGAGGAUCUCGGUGGAUCACACAGUGUGGGAGCUCCUUAUGUUCCAGAAUCAUGUCCCUGUUCCGGUCCUCGGAGCCGUUCCAAGCGUAAUGAAGUCGGAAUUCCCCGGUCGUAGAUUCCGUGGGAUCUUUGCGAUGGAGAAGAUGACUCUCCAGCGAUAAAUCGUGGUAGUAAGAAUCCUUGGAUCUCGAAGUCCUUCUAGAAGCUGUCAGAUAGUUUGGUGUAGGGCGUAAAUCAAUCCCCUAGUUCCAGCUUCAAGGUGUGUCGGUCUAGUAAUAGAAACCAGGCUAAAGGCAAAUGAUACAAAAAAUGGAUAAGUAUCCAAGCGUAUAGUCAUAAGCUGAUAUGUCCCGUUCCAACCGCAACUAAUUCAGAUCAAUGUAUGGAAGGGACAUAGCUGGUACAAAUAUAUCCAAUUUUUGUUGGUUGUUUUGUUGCGUUCCUAUUUUCAGGUUUAACCCUUCUCUGUUUUACUCAUUUUAUAUUGUUUCAUCACUGCCAGGCUUCACCAUGUCAUUCACAAUCUAAAUAAUCUCUACGUGUGUUAUAGUUGUUCGUUGUUUUUUUUUUCUUUGCUUUGCGAUGGAUCAGUCAAGAUUAUGAAAGUAAAGGGACAGAAGGAGAUGAAUUAAGACCAUAAAAAUAUGUUUUGGAACGUACGAAAUCUCAUCAUAAGGUCUUUCAGAUAAAUACACGAUUAUUAAUUAGCCGUCAGGUUGCCUUAAAUAUCGUGCUUGAUGCUGAGGUGUUCGUCAAUUUAUAUGAACUCAUUACUUGGAUGUAAGUUGGUUUAAACUUUAAACACUGCCAGGACAUCACUAGCUUUAACGCCGCUUCAUCUUCCUACAGCCAAUAAAUUCAAUAUCCGCCAUGACCGAGAACAGCUCACCACACUACCGCUGACCUACUCCGCCAUCUGCAGUCAGAUGGUUCCAGGCAGCGACGUUGUUUGUUUUUUUUCCCUCCUGUUAUUAAUUUCUCGUCUGUGGACAUUUUGACCUCAGACUUGAUAUGAAAUUGACGUCUCGCCCAUGACCUUGAGCUUGCGUGACUGACCGUACCGCACGUGAGUAAGAAGACUGUAAGAGCGCCGCGUCCGUGAGUGUCUGCGGCUUUCAUCGACUCCCUUUGGUGGGCUUCCACUACUGAAAUGAGGGGGUGGUGGUCGUGGUGGUGUGCGGGAUUGGGGGGGGGGGUUUGGGUGUGUGAAGUGGUAGAUAAUUGUCAGGAUUAUUUUGAGAGCGCGGUUCAGGUCUAAGUCAAAAUGAUACGUUUCAAUUUUUUUUUUACCUCUCAAGAGAUUUUGUUUCAUGACGUGUUUUGUUUAGUGUAGAGCAUUCGCCCUUGUUCUAUGUAUUUAUUUAGUGCAGAGCCUUCGCCCUUGUGCUAUGUAUUUAUUUAGUGCAGAUCAUUCGCCCUUGUGAUAUGUAUUUAUUUAGUGCAAAGCCUUCACCCUUGUGCUAUGUAUUUAUUUAGUGCAGACCAUUCGCCAUUGUUCUAUGUAUUUGUUUAGUGCAGAGACGUCGCCAUUGUUCUAUGUAUUUAUUUAGUGCAGAUAAUUCACCCUUGUUCUAUGUAUUUAUUUAGUGCAAAGCCUUCGCCCUUGUGCUAUGUAUUUAUUUAGUGCAGAGACUUCGCAAUUGUUCUAUGUAUUUGUUUAGUGCAGAGCAUUCGCCCUUGUUCUAUGUAUUUGUUUAGUGCAGAGCAGAGAAAAUAACAACAAGAUACUUAGAUUUGGAGAAGGUUAACGUAGACAGAAUCGCAACUGUAACGAAAGGUAUUAUGAGCUGCGUGUCAUGACACAACAUAACUAGUAUUUUAACACGUGAACAGAUCAGUUAGAGUCCAGAGGUUCCCAAACUUUUUUGUCUCGUAUACCACUUAACCAUGUUUUUCGGUUUUGGGUAGACCCCCUGCCUACCUGUCAUUGAUUAAAAAAAAAAAUCAUUUACUUCAAAUGUAUUUUUGACAGCCGGUAUACUCACUAUGAAAAAUACAAAUUUAAUUUUAUUAAUAUGUAGAGGGAAUAAUAGAGCACAUUAUAAAAUCCCUCCUUCGUUACCAAUAUUAUAAUUGCGAAAAUAAGUUUGUAUACAAAACCGUCGUAGUGUAUCGUCGGUCUGUUUGUUACGUCUUCACGUAAAACCCAAGCAACAAAUCUCCGUGAUCUUGUCAGCAGAUAAAGUUGGAGGUCUAGCUAACUAAGGAGCUGACACAGUUGGAGGUCUAGCUAACUAAGGAGCUGACACAGUUGGAGGUCUAGCUAAUUAAGGAGCUGACGCAGUUGGAGGUCUAGCUAACUAAGGAGCUGACACAGUUGGAGGUCUAGCUAACUAAGGAGCUGACGCAGUUGGAGGUCUAGCUGGCUAAGGAGCUGACACAGUUGGAGGUCUAGCUAACUAAGGAGCUGACACAGUUGGAGGUCUAGCUAACUAAGGAGCUGACACAGUUGGAGGUCUAGCUAACUAAGGAGCUGACGCAGUUGGAGGUCUAGCUGGCUAAGGAGCUGACACAGUUGGAGGUCUAGCUAACUAAGGAGCUGACACAGUUGGAGGUCUAGCUAACUAAGGAGCUGACACAUUUGGAGGCCUAGCUGGCUAAGGAGCUGACACAGGCUACAAUUUACUGCGGAAAGAUACUUUGUUUUUUUCUACAAAAUAAAACCUUGCACGCAAAGAAAAUAAAAACGUACGCGGGUGGAGCCGCGGGAAACUGCUCGUUUAGAAUAAUUCUUUGACAGUUUCACAUAUCAGAAAAUAUACCUAAUAAAUUAAAUUGUAAUAUCAUUCUUCAUCACGUUUCAUGAACACUUAUGUUUUUAAAAUGUUGACUUCAUACGAACUUUUAUAAUUUAUUCAGGAAGUUAUGUCUUUAUAUUAUAAGGUAAUCUUAUUUAAGUAAAUAGGGACUAUAUGUGUAUGUGGAUUAUUCCUUUCAUGGAAUGCCAAAAUAGAAGUCACGACCUGCUUACAUGAGAUCCUCAUUUUCAUUUCAUGCAUCCCCAAUUUUUUUCCCUGACAUGGACCCCUUGCAAGUUGUUGUCGACCACUGGGGGCCAAUAUAGACCACUUUGAGAAUAACUGAGUAGGACUGACAGAAACGGACUGUUCCACAUAAGACAGAGAUGGACUCCUCCAUAAAAGACAGAUACAUGCGCAUCCACAUUAGAAAAAAACGGCCUCCUCCACAUAAGACAGUGACAGACCUCCACAUAAGCCAGAAAAGGCCUGCUACCCAUUAAGAAAGAGACGGCCUGCUCUACACAAGACAGAGAAGGCCUCCUCCACUUAAGACAGAGAAGGCACCCUCCACGUAAGACAGAGAAGACCUCCUCCACAUAAGACAGAGACAAUCUGCUCCACAGAAGACGGAGACGGCCUGCUCCUUACAAGACAGAGACGGACUCUGCAUAUCUAGAAAAUCAGUCGUUAUUUUAUUACUUGUGUUAUGUAACGGUUUACACGUAUCUUAUAAGAAGUUAGCCGUAAACGUGUGCAGCGAAUCCAAAAAAGUUAAAGGUAUAAGUUAUUUAAAAUCAGGAAAUUGCCAGCGAUUGUCACGGUAAUUUGUGUAGAAAAGAUAUGAAAAAUGCCUUAUCAGAUAACAGAAAACAAUGAAUUGUUUAUUAAUAUUCAAUUGUGUGGUCGGUAGGGGGGGGGGGGGCGAAAAAAAAAGUGGGCUGGAGAAUCGUGUAUUUACAUAACAUAAUAGAAUUUAGAUUCAGCUAUUUCAAUUAAAUUAUUAUAUUUUAAAACAUCAUUUAUCCCCCCCCCCACACACACACUUUCCCCCUCCUUUUAUACCAAUGAUCAUCCUUAAAUGUGUGUAUCUCCCGGUAUUUGCUACUGUCCAGUGCCAAGAAAAAGCACACAGAAAGGUACAUAUUUGAUAAUAUUUUUUUUUAAACAUAUCCUUCUGGAUUCUAAACAUUCAAAUAUAUAGUUCAUAAAUGAGGCAUUGGAAUUAAAUAGUUUUACAAACUGAUGUCUUAUUAAUUUUAAGUAUUUUUCAAAAUUCGUUUCGGCUUACGAAUGCAAUACUUCAUGAGUACCAGAGUUGUUGAUAUCAAGGAGGCGCAACGACGUCGAGUAGAGGUGUCUAUUUUAGCGUUAUAGGAGUUAUGCCUUUAAGCUUAUCGAGCAUGAAUGCUGCAGGUUACAAGAACAAAACAAACAAAAAAGUUGUGACGUCAUCAUACACCCUAUUUGUUAUCGGACGAGAAUAUAAAAAAAAAAAUAUAAAAAAAAAAACCUUCGCAUGACGUCACUUGACAAAUUAAGACCGGAGAGAAUUGUUUUCACCCCACCCCUGAGCCGUUAUUUUUUAAAAAUGUUUUUGGUAGCGUGGUUAACAUGCUAAUGCACGCAGGCGAUCAUGCGCGCUCGUGCCACAUAAUCUAUUGUGGUGCCAACAGACAUUAUGUGAGUGGAGUCUUGACAGGGGGCUAAAUUCUCAACUUGUGAGUAGUGGGGUGGGAAAAAAUGGGGGGGGGGGAGAAGGGUGUCAGUUUUCCCAUUAUAAAACUCCAAAAUGUACUUGUGCGCAAUGAAUAUAAAGUUAAUUGGUCGUUACUUCAUAGUGAUUAAAUGCAUCUUAAAAUUUCAUGUCAUAUUUUAUUUGGGGGGGGGGGGGGGGGAAAAAAAAAAACACCCUAUUUUAAAGAAAAAAUGGGGGGGGCGGGGGGGGGGGCAGAAAAAAAUGACCCAUUGUAAUGUAGCAAACAUUUUCCGUGCGUGAACUUUACUUAACCUAAAUUAGAAUCCUAGCAGACAGUAACGUCUGUUGUGGGCCUGGCCUAUUCGUUUGAUGGAUCUUGUUUACAACCGUGGUUACCAAUUAAAUAUGUUAGACUGUCUUUCUGGUGUUUUCUCUAAUGUGCUCGAUAACCCGAGAAAUGUAAACAACACGUCGUAAGUCUUUUCUGGAAGGCAGAGCUUACGCGACCUAUAUAAGGGAUUGACAGGCAGGGACGUAGAGACGGAGAUUCAGAUAAGUUUUAUUAACUUCACGAGACGUGUAUUAUUCUUUGUGUUCUUAUGUAUGUGUUUAUUUCGCAUUUAAUAAUUAUUCUUUGGCACAUUGUAUGAACUGUGUUCACUGUGUACCGGUACAAGAUCUACCAUAGUGUAAUUUGAAGAUUGUCAUUAUAUUUUCUUUUCUUUUGUAAUUAUAUUAAGACUUAAUAAAUCUUAUUAAUUGUAACUAGAAACUGUUUUGGGUGUCGUAUCUUUAAUAUUGUUGACUCUAUGGUAUCGUCCUUUAUUAGGCACUGUUUACAGCGAGCCAAUAAAAGUAAAAUAGGAGAUUAAUUUCUCAUAUUAGAAGCCAGUGCGUAACACCCGUCUCGUCUGACUUAACGUCGUGUUAGUAAGGAAAUAAAAUGGUCCGACGACAAGUAUAUCACAGUCUUAGAAGGUAAUCUUGAUCUUGACAGGUCGGCGUCUUAUAACUCGACCAGACAACCGAUCAAACUCUAUAACUAUACCAGACAUCCGAUCAAGUUGAAGUAAGUCGGUGGUGGGUUCUUUGAAAAGCUCUCUCUAAUGGAAUGUACAUUUUUGUACACGGUUCAUAGUGUACAUUUAUUUACCUAAUAAUAAGCUCUUAGUGCGUGUUCCCCCCACCACCCUUAUUUUCCCUUCCUUAUUUUCUCUUCCUUAUUUUCUCUUCCUUAUUUUCCAUUCCUUCUUCUGAAUACCUUAUAACUGUUUACGGGGAGUCUGGCUUUGAAUAUUUACUUUUCUCACUGCGUUCACAGCUUCCAACCCGUGAGAUACGUUCUUUUUAAAUCCGUUUUUAUUAACUUCCAUUUUGUGUGUUUAGGACAACAUCUUCGGACGGCUAAUUGACCCACUUCCUACCAAAUUAUCCAGCUGCAACUUUGAACAUAAUAAUAAUAAUAAUAAUAAAGUUUAUUUCAAAAUCACGCUUCAUCCCCAGAGCUCGAAGCUCGGUACAAAGUUAAAAAAACAACAACUAUAAUUUACAUCAUUUUAAACAAACGCAACACUACAAAACUAAUUACAGACAUACCAAUUCAAAGUCAUUCUACCCAUUUCAACCCUAAGCAACACAGCUAAUAUGCAUUAACUGGAAAAUAGUGUAGACAAUCAUCCCAGAAUGUGUUUGCCAAGUAGAUGUGUCUUUAAAUCGGUUUUAAAGGACUCCAGUGUAUGGUUGUUUCUGAGAGCCACAGGAAGGGCGUUCCAAAUUGUUAGACCAGCAAAGGCGAAAGUGCGCUUUCCGUAAGUCUCAAGGCGAACACGUGGUGUCAAGAGUUCACCACUAUCGGAUGAGCGGAGUGGUCUAGUGGGUACAUAAGGCGUCAGCAGCUCUUUCAGAUAGGACGGUGCCAGGUCAUGUAAGCAGCGGUAGCACAAAGUUGCAAUUUUGUACUCUAUGCGAGCAUGGAGCGCAGCCAGUGCAGCUCUCUCAGAAGUGUUUUAGCAUGAUCGAACUUGCGUUUGCAAAGAACAAUGCGAGCCGCAUUAUUCUGUGCUAUUUGAAUUUUAUCCAGGAGUGUAGCUGGAAGACCCAUCAUGAGAGCAUUGCAAUAGUCCAUGCGUGAUAGCACAAAUGCAGGCAUCAGCCUCUUUGUUGCAUCAAUUGUUAAGAAGGGCCUGAUGUGACUAAUCCUGCGCAGCUCUGGAAAAAUCGCCUUGCAUAGCAUGUUAAUGGCUAUUUCCAAAGUUAGUCUUCUAUCUAGGUAGACACCCAGGUACCUCACUGUUUGAGCUAACUCAAUACGCACACCUGAGAGAGUAAUGGAUGUCGUGUUAUUUGCAGAUUUUUGCUUCUGAGCGGUCGCGAUGGGGAUCAGCUCAGUCUUAUCAUCAUUCAAUUUGAGCUUGUUUAUGGUCGCCCAGUGCUUAACUGACUCCACUGUCUUCUGUUGCCAAUGGCAACACAUUCUAUCAAACGAUCAGCCCCUAACCCCCAACCCACAAAAAAUAAGUUUAUCCUGGUGUUACACAAUACAAUUUCCGAUAACAACGCUAAAUGAUAUUCUUUUUUUUUUUUUUUUUAAUUUAAAUCGCAAGUGUGCUUUAAGCGUAAGAUUUUAUUUUUCUGAAAUAGUUGCCGAAAUAAAUCUGUAUUGUAAAAACGAGUGGGUCAUUUGAAUAUUAAUAUAAUGUAUACUAAAAUGCAUCAACAGAUCGAUACGAAAAACUUUUUUUUAAAGGUUGUUCAAUUUAGUAUACGUUUUUUUAUUUAGCUUGCUUCUGUGUCUGUGUGUUUGUGUGUUUGGUCAAUCUUGUAAUUCAAUUUUCUAACUGUUUCCUUCUCCCGAUGGACAUGACCUGUUGCACGGUUUCUUAAUCCCGGCGACAACGCAGCCCUUGGUGAUCAGUAGGUCAACCGUGACCACCGUCGGCCUCAACUGGCCCCUUUAAAACUUGCACUUUAAUUUUCCACCUGUUCGCUUUAUUUGAUGGACUUAAAAUGGCGAUGGUUCAAUCCCGGUGACAGCUUAAACCUACACGAUCAGUUGGUGAGCAGCGACCUUUAGCGACUCAUGUCUGACCUCUACGGGUAAAAUCUUGCAUUUCAAUGGUGUCCCACUUCCUGAUCGCUAACUGAGCUGACACUUUGUACAACUGCCCACCUCCAAUCAAAAUACAAUCUUUCAUGAUCGGCAGAUCAGCGGUGACCUCCUCUGACCCUUGAGUGACCUCCGUGGGUCGGAUCUUGCUUCUCAAUUUUGAUCAACCUCCCCAAGUCGAAACUUUUUUACAAAUACACAGGAUACAUGAUUUUUUUAAAGUUUUUGCAAUAUUUUUUACAAAAUUAAUACUUCAAUUUCUUUUUAAACCUACAUUAUUGCACCCUGAAAAACAGAAUGCCUUCAAGUUCUUUGUUUUGACUUUGUCUUCUUUCAGAUCUUCUUUUAGCUUUUCUUAUUCACUGUCCACUAACUCUGCGUUGACCUGUUAGUAGUUCUCUCACAAACUCCUUCACCCAUUUCUUGUCAUUAUUUUUUGCCCCUCGGGCGUCUCUUGUUGUUUUUUUUUCUUUUGUUUUUAUCAUCAUCGGGGGGGGGCGUGCAGAGGCCAACCGAUUAAAUCAUUCGGCGCCAAGCCCGCUUGGGAGACCUAACGGGUGGAUAUUGAUACGUUUGUUAAAACUGUUAUGAAAUGUGUCGGGCCCCAAAAUUUGGAUUUCCCCGGGACUCAAAAAUCCUCUGCAAGGCCCAAGGUCCCUGUUCAUCGUUAUCCUGUUCAUCGUUAUCCUGUUCAUCGUUAUCCUGUUCAUCGUUAUCCUGUUCAUCGUUAUCCUGUUCAUCGUUAUCCUGUUCAUCGUUAUCUUGUUCAUCGUUAUCCUGUUCAUCGUUAUCCUGUUCAUCGUUAUCCUGUUCAUCGUUAUCCUGUUCAUCGUUAUCCUGUUCAUCGUUAUCCUGUUCAUCGUUAUCCUGUUCAUCGUUAUCCUGUUUACUGAAUCUUCGGGAUGCCUACUAUUCUGUGAUUGAGCUUUUCACUGGUAUCACCUUUCAACCCACCACCUACCCUACAACCUGGCAUUUUAACCCCUCCGCCCACAUUACAACCUGGUAUUUCAAUCCACCACCCACAUUACAACCUGGUAUUUCAACACACCACCCACAUUACAACCUGGCAUUUCAACCCUCCACCCACACUACAACCUGGUAUUUCAACACACCACCCACAUUACAACCUGAAAUUUUAAUCCACCAACUACUGUAAAAACCGGCUUUUUAAUCCAUCACAUACUCUACAACCCACCUUUAAACCCAUCAUCUACCCUACAAUCCUACUUUUAAACCCACCAUCUACCCUAUAACUCCUCCUUUUAACCAACGAUCUACCCCACAACCCCAGCGUUCAACCCACCAUCUACCCUACAACCCUACCUUUAAAACCAUAAUCUACCCUACAAUCCUUCCUUUAAACCCACCAUCUACCCUACUACCCCACCUUUUAACCCACCAUCUACCCACAACCCCACCUUUCAACCCACCAUCUACCCAACAACCCCAGCUUUCCACCCAAAACCUACCUUACAACCUGGCCACGCGACGGAGUGUUAUGUAAAACCAGGGCUAAGCUUUCAAAGUGGCAGGAGAAGAUAUUAUUAACGACCUUUAUUUCGCCCUCCUCAAUCCUGGUUUGGGGGGGGGGAGGGGGCGUUCGUUGCCCUGUUCUAAGUAUUUAACGGGUUAUUGAAGGGGGCACUUCAUCCAUGCUCCAUUAGUUGUAAUCAUGUCUCCUGCCCUAGCUCCUGACACUAUACUUGUGCCUCAGGUAUGGAUUCCGUUUGACCUAAGUUCGCUUGUGUACCUUAGAGAAUGGGAAAAAAAAAUGUUGCCUAUGUGGCGUCAACUGCCUAUCAACGUACACUAACAAAAAAAUCCCGAUAUCACGAAUUCUCGGAAGCCAUCGUUAAAAGAAAAAAAAAAACACCCAAAACUAACCAUGAGCUUAAUAGACCGAAUGAUGGUUAUAUGUGCGGCCUUAUUAGCCGAAACACAUCCGUCUCACGGGCCGGAGUAAGGGGGCAAUCUUUUUUUGUAGCGCUGGCAAGAAGACAAUUUAAUGAGCAGCCGAAACGUUGAGGCGGGUCUCAAGUUACCCUCAGCUCGUGCAGCGUGUGCACCACCCGCCAGGACCCAAACUUUCAUUCCGAAUGGUGAAACCUUUGCAUGUUGUUAGAUAAGUGAGUCUGUCAACGGAGACAAUGAACGGCCGGCGUGCGUCGGGACGUGCCGAGAUGGGCGGGUGGUUAUCUGGAAGAUUGCUUUUAAUGACUGGAUUAGAGAGAUGGAUGUCUAGGGCAGGUUUAGAGAAGUCUUGGGGGGGGGUUUCGGCUCACAAAGGAGAAUAUAGUUCCGUAGCUAGGGGGGGGAAUGUUUGAUAGAAGGAUGAAUUUAAUGAAGUCAAAAUAGAAGCCAGGAAAAUAGUCACAUUUUAUAGAUGCAUGAUUCUAACAUAAAACAACCAUUAGAAAUUUUUUUUUUAAAUUUGAUUGAAAGUUUUUUGUUUUUUUAAUUUUUAAAAAAUAAAAAUUUAAUUGUCCUUGUAUUUUUAUUUUACGGAAAUAUCUCAAGUUUCACCACAUUUGUUUUUUCCUUGCCUUUAUCAUUGGUCUCCAAUUUAAAUUCUAAUUUAUGUUAUCAGAGCCAUCUUACAUACAGCACUAUAAGAUUUAGGGGAAAAAAAAAGAAUGUUUGGGACGUCCGUGUCACGUGGUACUGAAAUUAAAUGGUGACUUUCAAGUAUUUAUAAUUUAAAUUUCACGAUAUCAUUAUGAGAGGUAUUGCCACUAAACGUUUUUAUUAACGUAUAAAUGUAUAUAUUUUUUUUUUUGUUAAAGCUUAAAUCAUGCUAAUGAUAGGCAGGUUGUUAGUAAAACAAAGUUAGGUUAAACCUGGAAAAAGGAAUGCAACAAAACAACGAACGUGUCGGCAGGAAGCCUUCGUCAGCGAACAAGGAGAAUACAAUUUUAAAACUAUAGCACUUGGCUGAGAAGUAGUCUCCGAGAGGACAACAAAUGAAACGGUGGGCACUUCCUUACUGAUCUAUCGCAAUAUUAUUUUUAAACCGUCAUUAAUCGCUUGCUCAAUACUUGGACCCUAAUAAAAUGGACACUAAGAAAUUUUAAAAAAAGCAAACUGAUGAGUAUACAAAAAAUACCGUACCAUUUGGCAACAUUGCCGUAGAUCCUUUCAGGCCAAAAUAUCAAUGCAACGAUCGACGUAUGGACAAACUCGGUUUAAAAUAGUUGGCGCUGAAAAAAAAAAGAAUUCAACGAAGUUAACUUAAAGAACAGUAAAUCAAUAUGCAUGCCUCAUUUUACUGAAACAAAGGAAGUGUUAUGAAAAUAACUUUAAAAAAAAAAAAGUUAUCUCUUCCUGUUCCAUCCGUUAUGAAGGGCGCCUACACUAUUUCCGCUGGCGCCAUUACACUCGCACAGACCGCGCACCCGACGACCUCGCCGCAACGUGUGCAAUAAACAACUGUGUGCACACAAACCCUUGCGCCAUUCUUUAAUCGUCAAAACAACAGAAGCAAUCAGAACGAGCUCUGAACAUCGCAAACGACGACUUAACGGAAGGUUAACGCACGCGCGGCUAUCCUCGUUAAAACAGAUCGUAAACAAUGUUCGUUGCGGAGCUGGCACCAAUCCUUUCAUCCCUCCUGCGUCAUCUGUCCCUUGUUAAAAUAGCAUGUCCUUUUAAUUUACCAUUGGUUAUUUAUGGCCCAUAAUACAUAAAAAAAAAUAUAGAGACACCAAAACAUUCCUGUGCUUAAAUUGAUUGUUGGGAACCACUUGUGCACUCUCCGCGGCGUGUUGAAUGAAGGCAUGGCUCGCCAUAAAGAAAAGGGUUGUGGGGAGAGAGUGGGGUGGGGGGGGUGAAGGUCUUUCUUAUACACAGAAGCCAGCUAACAAUAUUGUGUUACUGCUUCACGCUCUGCUGGCUAAAUUAGAAAAGAAUGACUUCCAGGAGCAGACUGUUGCAGGCGGUAGAUAGAUGAUACUGUGUAGUUCAUGCAGGUGCAUCUGACGAGGGUUGGAACCAUGGUUCUCAAAUUAAUUGUCUUUUCGCAUGAAUUAUGUCGUGCUUGGUUCCCCCGCCUCUGACUGACAUAGUCAAAGAACUAUAUGUGUAUACCGGUGUAAAAAAAAUUACGUCACGAGGUGUUGUAAUAUAUUGAUUAAAAUAAACAUCCGGCUCUCCAGUCUUAAUAAAUAUCCGUGAAUAUCCUUCCAGAAAGACAACAUAAGACACAUAUCCCACAUUAAAUAAUAAUAAUCAUAAAGAUUAUUUGAAAAUCACGCUUCAUCCCCAAAGGCUCGAAGCGCGGUACAUACCACAUUGAAGUACAGAAUGCAACAUUACAAAAACUGCAUACGAGAAUACCCAUUCUAAGUCUUGCAACCAUAAACACCACUGGCCCAUAUGCAUCUUCAAGAUAAUAGCUAGAUAAACAACAUUACCCUUAAAGACCGAAAAAUUCCGCAUACCCCACAUUACUAUGAGAGACCAGAUUAUUACCUUCAAGCCACAUUACCACGAACGACCACAUCUCUGCAUAUGACAGCCUACGCCCUACAGCUCAGACGUCCACAUAAUCCACAUUGCCAUGAGAGACCACGUAGUUCCCCAUUGAUCACUUACUAGGUCUCUUGCCCGUUACAUUUAGCAAAAGGCUCAAAAGUUCGUGCCCGGGGUUGCUUAAACUACUUUCCAUUAGUGAUUGCCUUCAUGUAGUACUUCAGCACCCACCUAGGGUCUUUUAGGGUCAACAAAUCAUCCUUCCCGGUGCUCCGCCUUACCAUGCUGUUUGUUUGUUUGUUUUUGUUUUGUUUUUUGUUUGUUUUUUUUUUUAAACGGUGACCUUGGUUUCAUGAGUCUGUUUCGCCAUGCUGUGGUUUUCACCUUUUAGUUUAGCUUGACACUUUGGGACGGAUUCAAUUGUUUCGUUGCAGUUUGGUAAAAAAAAUGCUUCUUACAUUAUUUGAAUGGCUCCACUAUAGAAGGCAGGCCUACAGUUAAUAAUAGAACGGAUAACCUUUGACCCCUAAUGAACUGCGUUAGGUGUUUGUGCACGUCCAUGCAUUUUAAUUUUCCACAAGCAUUUGUUCCCUGGGAUUUUCUGUGGUUAAAAUGACCAAUGAAAGCACGCAAAAUUUUUACAUUUCAGGAUAGUCAAAGCAUUUGAGAACCACUGUUCUGGCCUCACCCGAAGGAAUCUCUUUAGUUUCGACACUCUGUGUAUCCUCGUCUUAUCAAUGACUCCGGUGUUAUUCGUGAUGACAUACGGUCGACAACCCGUGCUAAAUUAUCGUGCCUGUAUCGCGUAAUUACACAGAACGUGGAACUCCACGAAACUGCUAACAACGACAUUCACGCACGUCUUUGCGAUUUUUUUUUUGGUCGCUUAACGAAAAUCAUCACUAACUUGGUUGUUGAAUGAUAACAAAGCCCAUCCAUCAAAUAGUGCUUUAGUGUAUUUACUUUCUUGAACGCCUGAUGCUCUGUCUUUUCGAUGAACACUCAUAAACUAGACAAUGUCACUGGUAUUUGAAGCUAUUUUUUAAAUCAGUAUAUUAAUUUACCUUUUGUUCCUGGCUUGCUGGCGACCAUUGAUUCACUUCCCGUCAACCUAUCGAGCUGAAACUUGGCAAACAGACGUGUUGCCAAAAAAUUUUUGUUGCUUAACAUUUUCUUUUGUUUUUCACCAAUAGUUGAUGCAAUAAAUCUGCGGUGUAAAAGCGGGUAGGGCAUUAGGUGGGGAAAAAAAAAGUGGAAUGGGAAGCACUAUAGAGUGCGUUACUUGUAUGUAUGUUUUGUAACAUUUUCAGCCCCCACCUCCCGUUGCUCGAUGUUGCAUUUUAUAAAGGAUUUAUAAAGCGUACAAAAUAUUAUUUUUUUGAUGCUGAAUAAACAAAAGUUUACCGAACAUUCCAUUAAUAGCUAUUUGAAAGCGCACCGUUAUGAAUGUGAUCUUAUUAAAAAUGCAUACACCAAAACUAACUAAUCUUGAACGUCCCUCGAAGUCAUUGGAAAUAAAAAUAUUUUACUCUUUACCGUGUAAAUUUUACUCUUUACCGUGUAUAUUUUACUCUUUAUCGUGUAUAUUUUACUCUUUACCGUGUAUAUUUUACUCUUUGCCAUGUAUAUUUUACUCUUUACCGUGUAUAUUUUGGAUUUUUUUAAAAAAAUGACAGCUUUUGGAAUGUGGCGAUUAUGACCAAACUUUCAGGCACUAUCUGUAGCUCUGGCGGAACGAUGAUGUCAAAUUUGGUUACCAUCCAUUGUUUGGCUUUCUUGUGAUUAAUCGACCCAACUUUAAACACACAAACAGACAGACAGACAGGCCUAGUCAAACCGAGCCUUAUAUAUUAGAUAAUAUCGUGAGCAUUAUUGUUUCGUAAGAUAAACAUUUAAGAAAAGUUUUUUUUUUUUUUUUUUUAAAGUAUAAACCUCUGCAGUUUAUUAAGAAUUAGCGUAAUAUAUUCAUUCAAAUAGACCAAGAGUGUUCACAAUUUUUUUUUUUUGUAAGAUAAACUUUUAAGAAAAUUUUUUUUUUUUUUUUUUUUAAAGUAUAAACCUCUGCAGUUUAUUAAGAAUUAGCGUAAUAUAUUCAUUCAAAUAGACCAAGAGUGUUCACAAUGUAAUUAUUUUUUCUUUCUUUUCUAUGUGAUCUAUUCAAAUGAAACACAUUUGUUUUUUAACAAAAUAUUUAUAAAUAUUCUGAUGUUUCCCUUAAGUAAUGUCCUGGAUAGCAAGUGCGGUAAAGGAAUAUUUUAAGUUCGUAAAUCAGACAAAAAAAGUCCUCGAGGCCAGAAUUCCUUAGUCUAAAAAUAGCCCGAUACUACUUCUUCUAAAUGGACGCGAUAAGACAUGAACACAAUAAUCUUGUUCCGAAUCUAACAGCCCAUGAGUUUAUCGCGUCAAGUGAAUUGAAGAUUUCCUCCGGUGGACAUCUGUCUAAUUUAAAACAUUAUCACCCACAGCGUUAAUGCACAUUGGAAGAUUAUCAUUCACAGCGUUAAUGCACAUUGGAAGAUUAUCAUUCACAGCGUUAAUGCACAUUGGAAGAUUAUCAUUCACAGCGUUAAUGCACAUUGGAAGAUUAUCAUUCACAGCGUUAAUGCACAUUUGAAGAUUAUCAUUCACAGCGUUAAUGCACAUUGGAAUAUUGUCAUCCACAUCGUUAAUGCACAUUGGAACAUUAUCAUCCACAUCGUUAACGCACAUUGGAACAUUAUCAUCCACAGCGUUAAUGCACAUUGGAACAUUAUCAUCCACAGCGUUAAUGUACAUUGGAACAUUAUCAUCCACAGAAUUAAUGCUUAUUGGAACAUUAUCACCCACAGCAUUAAUGCACAUUGGAACAUUAUCAUCCACAGCGUUAAUGCAUAUUGGAACAUUAUCAUCCACAGCGUUAAUGCACAUUGGAACAUUAUCAUCCACAGCGUUAAUGCACAUUGGAAUAUUAUCAUCCACAGCGUUAAUGCACAUUGGAACAUUAUCAUCCACAGCGUUAACGCACAUGGGAACACUAUCACCCACAGCGUUAACGCACAUUGGAACACUAUCACCCACAGCGUUAACGCACAUUGGAACACUAUCACCCACAGCGUUAACGCACAAUGGAACACUAUCACCCACAGCGUUAACGCACAUUGGAACACUAUCACCCACAGCGUUAACGCACAUUGGAACAUUAUCACCCACAGCGUUAACGCACAUUGGAACACUAUCACCCACAGCGUUAAUGCACAUUGGAACAUUAUCACCCACAGCGUUAAUGUACAUUGGUUUACCAAUUUUUUAAAUCUUUUUUUUUUAAAAACAUUAAAAUAAAACUCAUAUUCGUUAAAGGAAAUUGAGAUAAGAAAAGUCAGAAACGAUGCAGGAGACAUUUUAUCUGAUAGAGAACGAAAUUGGCGCGUUUUGUUGUAGGGCAAGAUAGACAGAGACCUCCGCAAAACAACUAAACAAAACAAAUAAUAAUGAUAAUAGAAAAUCUGAGUUGUACUCGCCGAGUCGCUACAUUUUAAGAUGCUACAGCAUUCUGAUUUCCAGUGAAGUCAAAUACAAUUUAACUGUUAUUUAGAAUUAAAAGAUUGAUAAUGUAUAAACUAGGUUUAAAUGCUGCUUAAAAUCAAAAUGCUGGAGACGUAAAAAAAAAAUAUAUUCUAAAUGAUACGAAGCUAGUUUCUAUCUUUGGAAUGCGAGGCAAGCUUUCAAUUUCAGAUGAUGCAUUCAUAGCACUUAACAAUAUCUUACGGUUUGUUAAAAUGUAUUUAUUGAAUUAUUUGUCGUCCUCUUUUAUUUGUGCUCUUCCUUGCGGUUAGACAUCCAACAUAUGUCACACAGCUGUCCCAGUUGAUGCACUGAUGUAACAGGUACGGAGAUAAAGGUGUCGCAGAUAAGAGUGAAAAGGGGGGGGUACAUUACCCAAACCCCAGAGGAAAACGGCUUAAGGGCAGACGUAGGCUUAGAUGGAAAGACGAUGUGGAAAAAGAUCUGCAGCAGCUGAGAAUCCAAGCAUGGAAAAGAAAAGCAUCAGUUAGGUCUGAGUGGAAGGAAGUAGUGAGGCAUGCUAAAGCCCUACAUGGGUUGUAGCGCCAUAGGGAUGGGAUGAAUGGAAGUCCAAGGGAAAUUUUAAAGAGCCAGGCCGACAAAAUCUUUAAUUAAAUCUUAGCUGCUGCUCGAUUUUUUUUGGAUGAUUUCUCUAUGGCGCUUAGAAUAUCUUUAAUAUUUUAAAAGAUGUCUUUUCCCCUUUCCGAGGAACAAUUAGAAAUAAAAAAAAUAAAACCAUAAUUAAAUAAUAACGUUGUGGAGAUUUUGACACGGGACGAUAAAAGUCGAACAUUUCAAUUCCGGCUCGUUUCUUUUUAACAAACUCGAUUUUCUAUAUUAAUAAAAGGAAGUUUUAAUAUUAAUUAUUACCAUUAAAUUUUUGUUGUUGUUUUUGUGCAGACUUUACAAAUUAACCAAGGGGCAUUGAUAAUUUAAGCCAAAGAAUACUAUAUCUCUAUGUUCUGGUUAACCCAAGGUUCUUUGCGAUCAUUUUGUCGUCAAUCCUAAGAUUCGUUGCAGGUUUCAGCUGUGCCUGGAGCAGGGCCUUUUUUUUCAUUGUUUAGCUUUUUUUUUUUGGCCGCCCUAGGCGAGAGCUCAAAAAUUCCCCCCCCUCUUUUUUUCUACCCCUGCCCCCCACCCCCCCCCCCCCCACACACACACUUUUCCGAGUCACCAAGGCUAGAAGAAAUAAUGCAUUCAAUAUUAAAGAACUUGCAUCAACAUUAAAUUAUAAUUUUAAUUUGUAAAAUGUUUCCACUAUUUCAAUUUAACUCCUAUUUUGCUCAAUUCUUUCGCUGUGUUAUUUCAAAAUACAAAUGUCGCCAUCUUAGGCUGCCGUCUAGUCUUGCCUAGUUGUAUAAACGGGCCUGGUCUGGAGUCAAGUGUUUCAAAUAUUCUAAUGCUUUCUUACCACUAGCCAGACAAAAAAAGAAAACAUAAACUGUGAUUUGAAGAAUCUAUUCAAAGGAAUCGAAAAAAAAAAAAGAGUUAAGAACAACCAAGGUCCAAAAUAAAUAUUAAGUAGAAUGGUGUUUGUGUACAAGAAGUCACACUAAGCACGGCGGUUUUAAUGCAGAAGGGCUUAAUCUUACACUAUCAGUGUUAUUUACAUUAGUAAGAUUAACACUACAAAAACCUAGUGAAAAAGAGAGAGAGAGAGAGACAGACAGAGAGAGAGAGAGAGAGAGAGAGACAGACAGAGAGAGAGAGAGAGAGAGAGACAGAUGUGUAAUGAAAAUACCUAUUUUGAAAAAAAUAAAUACAAAAAUAAUACACUUAUUAUGAAAUAUACAUUUAUGGGUGCUGUUGCAGCCCCCCUUCCCCAAUCCCGCCCAGAUUCUCUGACACUGCAACCUUUACCCAGGAUCUUGAUGACAUGAUAUUUCCACAAAUCAUUUUUCUCUGCUGAGCUCUAGAUCUAUAAAAGCUUUGCCUGAGGACCAUAAACUCAUCACAGUCAGCAGACGAACAGGGGCGUGAAAAUACCAGGGCGCACGUUGAACUUUUAGCUGAGCCGUAUUAGAUGCCAACGUUAUAUUCACGGGCGUCGCUGGGUGUAAAUCUAGUUAGGCGCUGUGGGGACUUGGCCCGCACCGUAUGGUAUCUUAAGCACCCGGUCUCACCGCGGGCCAAAGCCGGCAGACUAAAAGUCAUUACCCUGUGGCUAUCGUUCAGAUUGCAGACGAUCAGAUAGUUCGUGUGACCGAGAAAAGGGGGGGGGGGCAAAUGAGAUACGUUUGACUUAUUCUGUUAUCUGAUUGAGAGUAAAAGCUUGACGGUGUGUUCCUGAACAAUGUAAAUAUUCACACAUUGGUAACUUACGGUGUACAGCCUAAUGAUUUACAGCAUGCCAUGUAUUUAAACCAUGUAUUUUAUAUUAAAUAUACUUUUUUUGAUUGCCCAAACGUCUUCAUGUAAUCUUUCGGUUCUCUUGCAAUUGUCGAUAAAGUUCCAGAAAUUAUUCAAUAAUGAAAACGCCUCAAGUGAUGGAUUAAGUUGGGUUUGUAAUAAAGGAAGUUAGUGUGGACUGGAGAAGCCCUGUGGAGGAUUGGUGGAAGGGGAAAUAGUGAAAUUAAACAACCUUUAAAACCAAAGUUUUUUCUUAUAAACCCUUUAUAAAAUGUCAUAGCGAGCAACGGUGGGGCAUGGAGGAGGGGGUGGGCUAAAACAUGCAUUCAAUUAACGCACUUUAUAAGAACCCCCAUUAGUGCCCCCCCCCCCCCCCCCCCCCCCCCCNCCCCCCCCCGCGCUCUUCUGAGGCUCGCAAACGCACAAUUCUUUCACGCCACUGAGCUAUAGUAAAAUUCUAAUGACCCACCCGAUUUUACACAACAGAUUUUUUACACCGCAGACUUUUUACACCAACUAUUUGCGCAAAAUACAAGAAAAUAUUACGCACCAAACACACUUGCGAUAUUUUAUUUAAAAAGAAUCUCAUAUAGAGCAGUUAUCGUGAAAUUGUUUUUCCGUGUAAUCACCUGGCAUCUGGUUGUGGUAAAACUGAUUUUUUUAUUAUUUUUUUUUUUGGUGUUGGGAGUAAGGAGUGGGGCUGAAAAUUUGAAAUAAUGUGUUUUGAUCAGCAGUGAGUCGAUGUGCCAAUUUUCAGCUUGAUAAGUUGACGGGAAGUAGGUCAGUUAGCCUUCCGAAGGUUUUGUAACAAACCCAGAAUGAAAGAGACACACAUAAGUUAAUAUAAAAGUUUAAUCAUAAAGACAUGCCACAAACUUUUUUUAUUUUGAAUCAUGAUUUUAGGCAACUUUUAAAAAUUAGCAUUUGGUCAUCUUAAAAAGAAUAAUAACAUUAUUGGUAACAUUAUUUUUAACGCUAUUAAAGAUUUAAUGUUGACAUUUUUUUAUAUUCUAAUUAAGAUAAAGAUAAAUUAUUUUUUUUUUUUUUUUUAAAAACAAUUUCUCUUCUUUUGGCCUCGAAAACAGGAGUUAGACGAAAAUGAAGCACCGGAUUUAGCUAAUGUUCACUUGUCUAUAUUUAAACUUCUCAAGGCUAAUGACGUGAUUGUUUCAUUGCGUGCCGAACCGUGAUUUAAGCCGGUGCAAAUGUGUGAACGUCAUGUGUUGAGACAACCUCUUGGGGGUAGGAUCAUUGUUACCACUCAAAACAAAGCAAACAUUUACACAUGAAGCUACGCUACGAAAAUAAGACUUCAGGAAUCUUUUUUUAGCUAACAUUAUAAAUCAAACAGUGCAUUUUAUUAAUAGUUAAUAAAGUAAACUUUUUUUAAUUAUUAUUUUUUUUUUCAAAAUUAUUUUGAUAAAUAAUUAACAUAAUAUCCCCGUUUCAUAGAAAAAUAGAUUAUAUUAUUUAAAUAAUUUUUUUUAUAAUAUCAAAUUACCAAAGACCUUUGGAAGUCCUUGAACGGUCAAAGCCGUGAUGUUGAAAAAAAACAAAUAAAGUUUUCAAGUUUGAACGCAAGUGGGUGGAAGACAAAAACCGAAAAGUGGCCGGGGAGCUAAUAAAAAAUAUCACGAUGGCUCGUCUCGCAAAUAUCAUGCACACAUGACUAAAUGGUCAUUUGAAGGUUUGGUUUAAUGUUGAAGUGAUCCAAAACGUACAACUUAGAUGUGGUUAAGUUAAAGACUUUAAAGAUCGGGAAUACAUUUCCAGUAAGGUAAGCGAUCGGUUCUGAAUGUUGGCUUUCUGUGGCUGGUAACCUUGGACUUGCCACCACGUCAACAUAAUCCCAGUCAGUACAUACACUUUUAGAGGCUAUUUUAGAGGGAAUUCUCUCGGGGCUAUGUCCUAUGUGAAAAAGGGGAGGGGGGGGGCUGGUGUCACCAGAUUGAUUUUACCAUGAACCCCACCGUAAGCUUAAUUCUGUCUUUCUCAUUAUUUCAGAUGAGCAAAAUUCAUCUCCAAAAUGAUACAUCUCGUUUUUUCAGUGAACUAUGAGGACUCUCCAGUUUAUAUUUGUUUUGAAGGAGUCAAUGUUCUAAAUACCUUGAGUCACAAUGAGGGAACGCGUUGUGUGUUGCUCAGAUUUAAAAUAUUACUCGACACCUUUCUAAAUCUGUAAAGUCCCAACACAUGUUGCUUAUAUCGACAAUUCUGACAUUGUUGCCAACCAGGAUUAAGACCGCGUGGGCUGACGAUCUCAGUAUUGACGAGUGGUCCCAUUAUGUUUGAACAUAAGUCUCCCAUUUGCCGUAUGUUAAUGCCUUAAAAAAUCCGCCCUGUCUCAUUUACGAUUGGCUUAUUUAUUGAAGCGUAUGCAACGUCAUCAACGCAACAUAAGGUCUGCAAAAUUGGAGCACUCUUAAGGUGGGAAGAAAUACAUUUUGAAAAGCAAAAUUUCAUAAAGGUGAUUUUCUUUGUAAAUUUUUUGUUUUAUUUCCGUAAAAGAAAUAAUGCUGAACUUAUGUUUGUUUACAUGCGAGAGCCAUUAUUCGAUAUUUAUUAAAGUAAGUGCUAACUCACAAAUAUGAGGAAAAACUUAAAAUGUCAUGUUAUUUACUAGGCUGUCGACAUUUUGGGGGCUCCCCUGGAGAAUGUGUAUCAUUAUGUCACAUCAGCAGAGGCGUAGCUAGGGUCGAUAACGCCCUGUGUGGGUCAAUCUUUUUGCAGCCUCCCUUGAAUGAAAAAUAUCUCAGCAGUUGGUCGAAAAUGCUGUCCUUUAAUAUAAAGUAAAAAGUGACGCGCGGGGGAUUCCCCCGCCCCCCACCCCCACCCAAACUCCCUUCUUUACACCACUGCAUAUCAUUUAGCGUCGCUGUGAGUUUAAAUAAAAUGUUUGUUAAAUAUGAUGGCCAUGUCUAGAAAAAGCGGCGCCUAUGGGGGGAAGCCUGAAACUUGAGAGCAAAAGUGGGACCAGUUUUUACAAAAAAAUAAAUUCAAAAUUCUGGGAUGCGUUUUGGCUCCUACCUGCGUUUAGUUAUUCCUCCUAAUAAAUGCUUUGCUUCUUACUUGUUAAUUUCUGUUCAUGGCUUUUGACCUAAAAUGCCCACUCCAACAAAGUCAGACCUAAAAUGCCCACUCCAACAAAGUCAGACCUAAAAUGCCCACUCUAACAAAGUCACAUUUAUAAUUUUAAAAAAGUGGCUGGUCCACGGAGUGGACCACACCGUCCUAAUUAUUACGUUAAGGAUAAGGCCCUAUUUAUGAUUAAAUGGGAUAAGUUACCAUUUUGGCGCCCCCAUUCUCUUAAGGACUAUCACCUGUGGGGUGGCCACCAACUAGACCACACCUUCACCUGGGAGUGGGCCACUCUUUAGACCACCGCCUUUGCACUGCCCUUUCUAUGGCCCCCUAUUUGGGCUGCUCGGUCCUUUCCUUAAAAAACCGUGUCCUUCAGUAACCAAUGGAAAGAGCAAACAUAAAAAAAUAUUUGAAUAACUUUCUAAAAUCAUUAUAAUGACCUAGAAAUAUAUAAACUCUUUUUGUCUGAAAACUCUUUGGUCGCUUAGUCGCCGACCCAAUGAGUUGACAUUGCACCUUUUCUUCUAUUCAUCUCAGCUGUCAUCAAAAUGACAUUCUUAGUGGACGGCUUAGUGGACGGUUUAUUGGACGGCUCAGUGGACUGCUCAGUGGACGCCUCAGUGGACGGCUCAGUGGACGGCUUAGUGGACGGCUUAGUGGAAAGCUUAGUUCACGGCUCUGUGAACGGCUCAGUGGAUGGCUUAGUGGACGGCUCAGUGGACGGCUCAGUUGACGGCUCAGUGGACGGCUCAGUGGACGGCUCAGUGGACGGUUCAGUGGACGGCUCAGUGGAUGCCUUAGUGGACGGCUCUGUGGAAAGCUCAGUGGAUGGCUUUGUGGACGGCUUGGUGGAUGGUUUCGAUGUUGUCUUUUUUUCAAACUUCAGUCGUUUAACAUGAUUGUUUACUCUCUCAUCUUUCCUGACGACAGACGCUGAAAAGCCUUCUUUGUUAGUGACCAUCCCAAGAACAAUUUUUGGCGUGUGUUAUACCCCUUACUUCUUCCUCUAUUCCCCCUUCUAUUAUAUAUUUUCCCUUCUUUCAAGAACACACCAAUUAAAAAUAUAAAAAAAAAAAAAAUAACUCGUGGCUUUUUUCUCUAAUUUUUGGCGUGUGUUAUACCCCUUACUUCUUCCUCUAUUCCCCCUUCUAUUAUAUAUUUUCCCUUCUUUCAAGAACACACCAAUUAAAAAUAUAAAAAAAAAAAAAAAAUAACUCGUGGUUUUUUUCUCCACAGGUUUAUUGGAAUCGUCUUCCCUUUAAAAGUCCUUGAGCUGUGCAGCAGAAAGAAGGUGGUUGCAGUGAUCCUCCUCAUAUGGCCUCUCUCAAUAAUCUGUGGACUUCCGGUGAUUCUCUUCAACGCCCUCGUACCGAUCGUCCCGGGUGUCAACCACUGUCGCAUCAUCCUGCCGGGCGACGAACACGGUUUCAUGAUUUACAAGUACUGUGAGUCCGUCAUGUUUUACAUCGCGCCGCUGGUCAUCCAAGUCGUCUUGUACUCGAUGAUCUCCAAGCGUCUUUUUGCCAGCAAUGAGGAGCUCUGCACUCGAUUCCAGAUGCGCUCAACCACCAACCGCCGCAACGACACCACCAGCGACACGAUCAAAGCCCGCCGUGGCGUCGUGAAGAUGCUGAUCUCCAGCGUCAUCUUGUAUUUCAUCAGCUACUCGCCGACGCAGAUUCACCUGUACUACGGCACCUUCGCCAGGUCAUCGUUCCUGGACAGCUGGGAGUUCUUCGUUUUCGUCAUGGUCAUCACACACAUCAACUCGGCCGCCAACCCGGUGCUUUAUGGGAUCUUCAGCCAAAACUUCCGGCGGAACUUUAAGAGUUGCCUGUGCUCGUGGUGCUGCGCGUGCCGGAAAGCCAAGUACACCCGGUCACGGUAUGAUUCUCUCGAGUCCCGUCUCACCUCAAUGAAAUCUUCAAGCAGUGGGAAGACGUACGUGUCCAAAGUAUGACUAUGUCUUAUCAUAAGUGCACCAUGCUGCUCCUGUAAGGGUUGGCAUUGAUUGAUUGAUUGAUUACCAAUGUUCAGAAAUGUUUACUUUGGCAAGUUUCAGAUUCCAGAUUUUUUUAAAUGGAUAUGUUUCGUGUUAAAACAUCUUGGGUUACCGAGCUUUCAGGAAAUGCAAACGGCAAUAACAAGA